UAACAAUUGAAGAAAAAAGGUGAGUCGUCCAACACACUCUCCGCUUCACCACAUCCCACAGCUGAAUCCUGCCGAACUCGUUCUUCAGCUUCUGCUUCAUUCGAGACCACUUCAAUAAUCCCUACGAACAUCCGUGACAAUCUCUUCAAAAUGCCAGGCUUUUCUCAAGCCACCGAGCUCAAAGCGUGGCAAGCCCUCGUCGAGCACCACAACGACGUUGGCCGUAACAUCGUCCUCAAGGAAUACUUCCAGCAAGAUCCUCAACGGUUCGAGAAGUUCAAGAGAGUCUUUAAAAACGACGCGGACAAUAGUGAACUCUUAUUCGACUUUUCCAAGAACUUCCUGACCGAGGAGACCCUCAAGCUCCUCGUCAAUCUCGCCAAGGAGGCCAACCUGGAACAAACAAGAGAUGCGAUGUUUGCUGGCGACAAGAUCAACUUUACUGAGAAGAGAGCCGUCUACCACGUGGCCCUGCGGAAUGUCACAAACCAACCCAUGGCUGUUGAUGGCAAGAGCGUCGUGGAAGAGACCAAUUCGGUCCUGGAACACAUGAAGGAGUUCUCGGAACAAAUUCGCAGUGGUGAAUGGAAGGGCUAUACCGGCAAGAAGUUAACCACCAUCAUCAACAUCGGUAUUGGUGGUUCUGAUCUUGGCCCAGUCAUGGUCUCCGAGGCCCUGAAGCCUUAUGGCGACAGAAACAUGAAACUGCACUUCGUCUCCAACAUUGACGGAACACAUAUCGCAGAAGCUCUCAAAGACUCCGACCCAGAGACUACCCUCUUCCUCAUUGCCUCCAAGACCUUCACAACGGCAGAAACAACCACCAAUGCCAACACGGCCAAGAAAUGGUUCUUGCAGUCUGCAAAGGAGUCUGACAUUGCAAAGCAUUUCGUGGCUCUGUCUACCAACUCUGAGGAGGUCUCUAAGUUUGGAAUUGAUACCAAGAACAUGUUCGGCUUUGAAAGCUGGGUCGGAGGACGAUACUCGGUCUGGUCUGCAAUUGGCUUGUCAGUGUGCUUGUACAUUGGUUAUGACAACUUCCACCAGUUCCUUGCCGGCGCUCAUGCCAUGGACAACCAUUUCAGGACUGCCCCUCUCCAUGAGAACAUUCCAGUCAUUGGCGGCCUGCUUAGUGUCUGGUACUCUGACUUCUUUGGCGCCCAAACUCACCUUGUUGCACCUUUCGACCAAUACAUGCACCGAUUCCCUGCCUACCUGCAACAAUUGACCAUGGAGUCUAAUGGCAAGGCAGUCACUCGAACAGGCGACUACGUCAAGUACACGACCGGUUCCAUCUUCUUCGGUGAACCGGCCACCAAUGCACAGCACUCGUUCUUCCAGCUGCUGCAUCAGGGCACCAAACUCAUCCCCACCGACUUCAUCUUGGCCGCUAAGUCUCACAAUCCCGUCGAAGGCGGACUGCACCAGAGAAUGCUGGCAUCCAACUUCCUCGCUCAAGCUGAAGCUCUCAUGGUCGGCAAGACCCCUGAUGAAGUCAAAGCUGAGGGUGCCCCAGAUGAGUUGGUUGCUCACAAGACCUUUUUGGGCAACCGACCGACGACCAACAUCUUGGCCGAAAUGAUCACUCCAGGCACUCUCGGUGCGCUGAUUGCUUAUUACGAGCACAUGGUCUUCACAGAGGGUAUCAUCUGGAACAUCAACAGCUUCGACCAGUGGGGUGUCGAAUUGGGCAAGGUGCUGGCUAAGAAGAUCCAAAAAGAACUCGAGACUGAAGGUGCCGGAAACGACCACGACUCCUCGACUGCCGGCCUACUGGCUGCUUUCAAGGCCAAGAAUGGUCUGAAAUAGACACCAACCCCCAUGCUUCUUUCAAGCUGUUAGAUGGCCACUGCAUAGGAAAACAGGGAAGACGUGGCUUUGAGUCAGGAGCAUGCACCAUGACCCUGUAAGCUUGUUGGAAUUGCCCCUUCACUAUAACAUAUUUCUGUAGCAGUUCGCAUCGUAGCGGUCACGAAGCUUUACGAGAUCCAUAAAACGUGAAUAUACAUCCAAUUGCUCGCAGAUA